CUUGCACAGUUUAAAUGACAAUAAAGAUGUACACAACAACUAUGCACAAAAUUUACAUUGUUCCAAUAGACAUUAGGACAAGGUUUACAAAUACAGUGAGUUUGUCUGAAACAUGAGAGACAGUCGAGUUUGACUGAAGGGAGGAGAGACCAGGUUGGUCAUGUGAUGCACAUUUUCCAUAAAACGAAUAUAACACACUCUUCGUCCUAAAGAAGGACAGACUCCUUUAAUCAGCCAUGAAGAAGCUCUACAAGUGCCUGUGGAUCUUACUGGGGUUUUUAUUGAUUGAGGAAAUGGCACGUGGACAAGAAGAGAAUGCAGCACUAUGGGGCAAACCUAGUCAGUCAUCAACUUACGCAGGCUCUGAACCUGAAUUUGCUCUUGAUGGAUUGUUAAACAGCUGGACCCACACUAAUGAAGAGACCAACCCGUGGUGGAGAGUGGAUCUACUGAAAGUAUACAGAGUAAACAGAGUCACCAUCACUAAUAGACCGAGUAAUGCUGACAGGAUAAAUGGAGCGGUGAUUCGUAUCGGGAACUUUCUUGACAUUUAUAGCAACACCAUGUGAGGAUUUCUUUCUUGUGAUUUGAUUUCUGUGGCUGAAGUGAAGGAUGAACAGAAAUGGAUAACAGAUUAUCUUUCUGUCUGUAGAUGUGGUGUGAUUUCUACUCUUGCAGCCAGUGCCACGGCCACUUUCUCAUGCGGUGGGAUGGUGGGACGUUAUAUGGUUGUUCAUAUUAUUGGACAGCUGAAGAUUCUUAGUCUCGUUGAAGCUGGAGUCUAUGGGA